AUGGAAGAAAAAAAAGACAUAUAGUAAAAGCAGAUUCCUAACAAUUUUUACUCUUAAUUCUCAAUAUUUGGACUUGACACGGCCUAACAGUUCAAGCAAUACUAACUUUAGACAAAUUUUCAUGCAAAAUUACUGCAUUCCUUGGAUGAGGGUCUAAAGUUUUAGGAAUAGUUAGAUGCACUCUAUACACCCAUCAUAAAGUAGCAGACAAAGUAUCUUAGAUCGGGAAGAAUCGUAGAUGAAUACGCCCUAUCGCAAAAAGAUGAGUUGGCUCUGAAAGUCAUGGCAGAGCAAUAGGUCUAGAAUGAAAAUAUUCUCAAAUUUGAGUUUAAGAAUUGUAAUUUAAAUGGAAGGUUAAUAUUGCAAAUAGUACCGCCAUAAGAAGGAGGAGUGAAUUACAAGCAAUAAUACGAGAAGUUAUAGAUAGCUAAUCUUGCUCUUCUUGAUGAAAUAAAGCGCCUAGAUUCAGACAACAAGUAAAUAAAGUACAAAUUCGAUAAUGAAUCAGGAAAUGACUUUCAUAAAAGAGGAUAUUCUAAUCCGCCAUUUCAACUAUCAAAUCCUUAUAAUCCUAAUCCAUUUUUCACUACUAGAGAACCUUUUCAAACAAACAGAGGUGUGGAACAAGCAGGACUAUACGAUUAAAGAUCACUAACCAAACAACAUCUCAAAUAAUUUGAUACCUUGAAUACUUAAAACUAGAAUGGCUAGAUAAAUUAGAAUCAGCUGUCGAAUAGAGAGAGUCUAUCAACAUCAUAAAUAAGGACUUUAAAUCCUUAAGUAAAACCACCUUCUUCUGUUGGCACUAGUGAAUAUGAUCAAUAAUUCUCAGGCAAUAUUCCUUACGAUAAGAGAAAAAGGUACAGAAGAACUGCAAAUGAAAUAGAGAGAAGAUUCGUGUGUUGGUGCGGCAAAUCUUAUGGAUCAGAAGGUAGUUUAAAUCAACAUAAAAAAUUGAAAAGUCACUUUGAUAACAACUCUGGAAUUAAUUCAUGA